UUCCGGCGUCGAAGGGCGCGGAGCUCGUAAGCCGGCGGGCGUUGGAGCGCUUUUCCUCUCUCGAGACCACCCGUCUGCGUCCCUUCCCUCGCGGGCUCGCGUCCUCCUGCGAUCGCCGCCGAGCGAGCCGAGGCCGCGGGCCGUCCGACUCGCAUCCCUCGCCAGCGCGCCAUGUUCCUGACGGCCCUCCUCCUCCGCAACCGCAUCCCGGGCCGCCAGUGGAUCGGGAAGCACCGGCGGCCGCGCUUCGUCACCUCCCGGAUGAAGGAGAACAUGCUCCGGCGCCUGGAGACGGAGGCGGAGAACCACUACUGGCUGGGCAUGCCGUACCUGAGCGCCGAGCAGGAGCACGGCCACGCGGCGGCCCGCAGAGCCGCGGCCUUCGAGGCCAUCAAGGCGGCCAACAUGGCCAAGUUCCCCCCGCACAGGUUCAUCCGGGACCAGCUCGACCACCUCAACGUCUCCAGGAAGUGGACCUAGCCCGGCCCACGGACACCCGAGAGCGCGAGGCGUCGCCGGCCGGGGCUGACGGGCGUGUGGUUCUCUGCGCCGAGAGCCGGGGCUCCCCGUGUCGCGCGGGUCAUUUUAAAGGAACGCGUUGGUUGGAAGCAGCAAUAAAGCUACUACUGGUUGCGCC